AUCAUGGCCGCCAACGACACGACCAGCCUGCCCAUCAUUGACUUUGCCAAAAUCGUCGGCCCUUCCAUCUCGCACUCCGCCGAGGUGAUUGCGGAGAGCGAGAAGGAGAAGAAGAAGCUGUUUGACGCCUUUGUCAACGUGGGCUUCGUGUACCUGGCCAACCACUCGAUCCCCGACUUUGCGCGGGACAACCUCUUCUCGCACGCAAAGAAGUUCUUCGCGCUGCCCGAGUCGGAAAAGGCAAAGGUCGAGACGGGCGAGAGCAAGGCCUUCCACGGCUGGUUCUCGCCCACGCGCACCUCGGGCGACAAGCGCCACGCGGAUCUCAAGGAGGCCUUUGACGUGGGCAAGGACGACGACCCGACGAGGCCCAACCAGUGGCCGGCGGACUGGCCCGAGUUCCGCGACGACAUGAACUUCUUCUUCGAGAAGUGCCACGAGGUCCACCUGGUGCUGCUGCAGGCCCUGGCGCAGCAGGUCGGCAUCGACGAGCACUUCUUCGAUCCGCACGUCGCCGCCAGGGACCACUUCUUCCGCGUCAUCUACUAUCCCGAGACCAGCAGGGCUGCCUUCAAGGACCGGCUGCGGGCCUCGGCGCACACCGACUACGGCACGCUGACGCUGCUCUUCAACGACAACAGCGGCGGUCUGCAGGUCCGCAAGUCUGACGGCACCUACAUUGACGCGCCCCCGAUUCCCGGCUGCGCCAUCAUCAACGUGGGCGAUCUCCUUUCUCGCUGGUUCAACGACAAGCUCAUCUCCACGGAACAUCGCGUCGUCGAGCCAGAGCCCAAGCCGGACGCCAACGGCAACAUCCCGGACAUUGUUCCCGCCCGCUACGCCAUCGCCUGGUUCGGCCACCCGAACCGGGACGCCCUGGUCGACCCCAUCGACGCCUGCUGCACGCCCGAGAACCCCAAGAAGUACGCCCCGGUCUAUGCCGGCCAGCACGUGGUUGAGCGGCUGGCUUAUCUGCACAAGAAGGGCCAGAACACCACGGAAUGGUCGGAUGGGAUGCAACGUGACAAGAGCGAGCCCACCGCGGCUGCAACUCCUAUCGCCGUGGCUAGCUCAUAAAGUCUU